UUCUUGUUACUUCCUGCAUGUAAUAUUAUGGCAGGGGAAGAAGAGACAGCACUGCCUAAGGAAGAGGAGUCUCAAGCAGAUGUGUGUCCUACAAUCCGGGAGCUGCAGAGACUCUUGGAUAGUAAACAUCCUUUUCCUCAUCACGUGGAUGAAGUGUGGCCCAACUUAUUCCUGGCAGAUCUUUGUUUUGCCAAUAAUCGAUAUGAGUUGUGGAAAUUGGGCAUUACACAUGUCCUGAAUGCAGCUCAUGGACGGAUGCAUUCUGAUGGCAGCCCUGAAUUUUAUGGUACCAGCAUAACGUAUCAUGGGGUACCAGCCAAUGAUCUGCCAGACUUCGACAUCAGUCAAUAUUUCUAUUCUGCUUCAGAAUUUAUUCACAAAGCACUGAACACCUAUGGAGCUAGGGUUCUGGUACACUGUGUUGUUGGUAUCAGCAGGUCAGCCUCUUUGGUUCUUGCUUACUUAAUGAUUCAUCAUCAGCUUUCCCUGACACAAGCUAUACAAAAAGUACAAGAGAAUCGCUGGAUUUUCCCAAACGCAGGUUUCCUUCAACAGCUAUUACACCUGGAGAAAGAACUGCAGCAGGCUGGAAAGAAUCAAGUUCAGAGCAUAAAUUAG